GAGAGAGCAAACUCUUCAGCAAGCAAGCAAGCAGAGCCGAAGCAAAUUAACCCUCGCCAUCUACUUCUGGCUCCAAGAGUUCUCCACCAAGCAAGCGAGCAAGCGAAGCAGCCAUGCUGCAGCACCAUUACUAUGGCGAGGUUGCCAGCCUGCACUGCCUCUCACCCCCAAGCCUACCAUUCAGCUCCCACUACCACAGCAGCAACAUGAUCACCACCAUGCCAUCCUCCCCCUUCCACUUCCCAGCGGCUACCAUCUGUGAACCCAUCCAAGAAGUGCUCCCGGUAGCGGCGGCUGCAGGCAAUUGCCCAGCCGGCUCAGGCAGCACCGACGACGCCUACCAGAUGGCGGCGGCAGAGGAGGAGCGGCGGCGGCGGAGGAUGAUCUCCAACCGGGAGUCCGCGCGGCGGUCACGCAUGCGCAAGCAGCGGCAGCUCAGCGAGCUGAGGGGGCAGGUCGUCCACCUCCGCGACGCCAACCGCCGCCUCCUUGACGAGCUCAACCAGGCAAUGAGGGGAUGCAGUGAUGUCCACUGCGAGAACGGCCGGCUCAGGAAGGAGAGGGCCGAGCUCCAGGCUAGGCUCGAGCACCUCAUGCAAGGACAGAAGAACACCUCGCCGAGCUCCUCCUCGGAGCCAUGCGAGAACAAUGAUACUGAAUAAAAUCAUUCUUAAUUAUCUCCUCAUUUUAACUACGAGGGUUAAUUAUUAUUAGUAGUAUAUCAAAUAAGACAUGUUUUGAGAUGCUUCCUUCGGCUUUUUUUUUCCUUCUAAUCUUUUAUGUAUGGGAAUAUUCUAACUGCCCCAUUAUUGACAUCUUUUUGUCAAGGUGGCUAAGAUAAAUAUGGAUUGAGCCUAUUGGCGAGUUGACAUUGAUUAGUAGCAAUAACAUAUGGAUAUCGAUGAGAAAACAAGAAGCUGCAGAAAAACAACAACAAAAGAAUUCUUACCAUUGGUUUGUUAGC